GGACCCCCAAGCCAGGAGGAAGAAGCCGGCGCGGCCCCGUCAGCAGCCCGCCGCGGCUGUUCUGAAGGACGGCGGCCGCGCUCCCGUAAGCGGGUCUGGGGUCCAGCCGGCGGCCCGAAGGCGCGGCGCCAUGAAGCUGUACAGCCUCAGCGUCCUUUACAAAGGCGACCCCAAAGCGGUGCUGCUCAAAGCCGCGUACGACGUGUCUUCCUUCAGUUUCUUCCAGAGGUCCAGUGUUCAGGAAUUCAUGACCUUUACCAGUCAGCUGAUUGUGGAACGCUCAACAAAAGGCAGCAGAGCCUCUGUCAAGGAACAAGAGUAUCUUUGCCAUGUCUAUGUCCGGAAUGACAGUCUUGCAGGUGUGGUCAUUGCUGACAGUGAAUACCCUUCGAGAGUGGCCUUUACCUUGCUGGAGAAGGUACUAGAUGAAUUCUCCAAGCAGGUCGAUAGGAUAGACUGGCCAGUAGGGUCACCUGAUACAAUCCAGUACACAGCUCUGGAUGGUCACCUUAGCAGAUACCAGAACCCCCGAGAAGCUGAUCCCAUGAGUAAAGUACAAGCUGAACUGGACGAAACCAAAAUCAUUCUGCAUAACACCAUGGAGUCUUUGUUAGAGCGAGGCGAGAAGCUUGAUGACCUGGUAUCCAAAUCAGAAGUACUGGGAACACAGUCGAAAGCCUUCUAUAAAACUGCCCGGAAACAAAACUCAUGCUGUGCAAUCAUGUGAUGUGGCCCACAGAGGCAGGCGCUGGAUCGUCGUGUCACGUCAGAACUGCAACUCCUGCAGAUGAAGCGAUACCCUGAAGAUCUGGAGCCAGGCAGACUGGCUGUUUUUAUUUUGACGUUCUCAAGAGGAAUGGAGGGAUGACUUAAGGGUGGAAACAUUGACGUUCACAUGUGUGACUGUGACUUCGGGAAAGAAUUUGAGGUCCUCAAAGAUGUAAUGUUGGGAAAAUGAAACCAUAAACUCUAAGUGGCUCUUAUAGGUGCUGAAGGGCUUAUUCUCAGCUAACCCUGGAAGGCUCUGUGGGAGGGAAUCUUUUUCCUGAUCCUUGAUGCGACUUAGGAUUUCAUUUGUGCAUUAACGAUAUUAACUCUCCAGUGAAUGGGGUGGGGGGAGGGGGUCUCGGGUGAUAGGGCUGGGUGGGCAGAGUUUGAACACUCCGGAAUUCUAGUCUCUUGCACUGUGGGGGCUGGGAGAAGCUCACCAUGAGUGAGGACUGUCACAGUGGUCACUGGAUCUCCUCUGUUUGACUGUCUGCUAGAAUUGGCAUCUGCCAGGAACAGGGCCCAUCCUAAGUACCUUCGUCCAGUACCACAAACUUGUGGGAGGUACUUAGAAUGGGCUAGAAGGGCAAGAUGUGUGAGUUGUGGUUUUAUCAGCCAGCAGACUGUUCAGACUGGCUGCUCUGGUGUCGGGAGGGUCAGCUGGGAGUGUCCAUCUUCAAGGGAAGACGCAGACACAGGUGCCCUCAGCUGUCCAGUGUGGAGGCACACGUACCGUGACUUGCAGUUGGACUUUGACAUUAAGAUCAAAGUAGCGGGUGCUGUCAUCUCUCAAAGCUGGUUUUAUUUGUCUCUGUCUACAAGACUGUUUUGGCAACCGCUUGGGGCCUACAUGUUUGAGCAAGUCAUUUCUGUGGGUACCAGGGACAGGUGCCAGCAGCCCGAAGGGUCCCAGCACCCAACUGUCUUCUGUCCAGCUCUGGCUUACAGCCCCUUCCCAAUCAGAGACAGCCGCAGGGUAGAAGAUGUUGACGGGUUGGUCUGAGCUAGCCACCCACUGCCAGCACAGUUUGUGUGGUAAGCCCAGGAUGUGCUGGGUCCCACACUGCCUCUUCCUGUUCUGCUGUGCACAGAUCAUGUCGUGAGAUCCUGUCUCCCCAGAAGCAACUGCUGGGAUGCUAGCCUCUGAGUUUUGAGCCAGAGUUGUUUUACUCUGAUGAUCCCUGCCCUGAGCCUGUUGAGCUACCUUCAAGAGUGCCCAUAUGGGGAGGAGGAUGUCUACUAUGGCUUUCAAAAUCUCUACUUAUGGUAUAUCUGCCUAUUGCUCUGGGUACUGCUAGCCAAAGGGCUCAGGCUCCCCCCUGGAGUGGCCUGCCCGUGUCAUUUUCCUGCUGUCAUAGACCUCCCCGUUCUAGGGCCCUGGACAGCACAGAUCCCGUCUGUUGCUGGCACUCGAGGUGGAGUAAAUGGCCUGGGUGCCGCCUGUUUUCUUGCUCUGGAGGGUGCUGGGGAAGGGGGGUGGGUGGAGGCAGACGUUUAUGGGAAAGAGGCAACUUUUACCCACAUGGCUGUCCUACAAGGUAUCACUCGCCCUUCAAUGGUUUGAGUUGCCAUGUGUUUCCUGUCCCUCCCAUUAUAUUCUAAUGUUAAAUCACUUGGCAAAAGUGUAUUUUAAUAAUGCCUAAUUUCUCUGUUCUGUUUGAAGGUUUCUGUCUAGAUAAAAUUGUCUUUUGAAAUUCCA